GUGCCACUUUCAGGUCUCCUCACACUGCUGGUGUGGUUCCAUUUUGUCAUAGGGUGCUGGCAGAUUACGGGCCUCCCAUUGCUGCUGCCAGGCCUUAAUCUGCCAUGGGCCCCUGUACCGCCUCCUCAUGCUGCUGCCAGGUCCACAGUGUCUCAUGGGUCCCUGAACCGCCUCCCAUUGCUGCUGUCUCCAUCGCCACACUCUGCCAUGUGCCACUUUCAGGUCUCCUCACACUGCUGGUGUGUUACAUUUUUUGUCAUAGGGUGCUGGCAGAUUACGGGCCUCCCAUUGCUGCUGCCAGGCCCGUAAUCUGCCAUGGGCCCCAGUACCGCC